UCAGAAACGUUUUCUACUACACCAGUUGUUAAUUUCCCUUUCCUCCCUGCAUCGUUUUCCUUUAUUUGAUUAGUUCUCUUUCUCUUUUCCUGUCUACUCAGAAAAAGAAACUUCUCCCAACAUUAACGUUGACUCAUCGCUCCUCUCAAUUCUUCAAUUACUCCAAAAUUUGCAAACCUUCCGAACUUUCCUGAGAAAAUUUUCGGCCCAUAAAUUUCUCUUCAUUGAAGAAAAAAAAAUCCCCAUUCCAUUCCCAGAAACUCAUUCUCACUCGUUAAUUUUUUUUAACAUCAAUAGUAUCCGCUAUUGGCAUAAUCUGUUCAUUUUUCGUGAAAAUUCAUUCUUUGAUUUUCCCGGGAAACUAACAACCAAUUUUCCUGGGAAAAUGGAUGGUCGCCGGAGGAUAACACUUUAUGAUCAAAUGACAGCUGGCAAAACCACCUCCCUAGCAGAUUUGAUCCUUCACGACAGUGUCACCGCCGUCUCUGCCGUCGCCGCAGACACCACCGCCGCCGCUGCCGAUUCUGAAAGCUGCGAGUUGAGCCAAAGCCGAACCCUCGUAGAUAUCCUCCGCGAAGAUGAACACAACAACAUCACCACAGCGGACCGCAAAUCUAGAAAAUCCUUCAGUUUCAUGGACAAGCUUAGAUUCAAGCUCGCUCUCAAUUCAAGAUCAAAUUACAGUAAUGAAAACAAUUCCACUAACAUCGACGACAACAACAACAACAACAGCAGCAGCAACAAUCAUAUUGAUACCAACCUAUCCGAGUUGCAAGCGCGCAUCGAUCCGGACGAGUUGACUCAGCAAGACGCGACGACUCACCGACAGCAAAACGACGCCAUUGCUACUGCCGCCGCCGCAGACACUGAAAUCCCGGCGGAAGUCGCGGUGGUGGGACCGGUUGGCGUGUCGCUAAUGGAUUUGUUGGAGGAAACGGACAUGGAAACGGGAUUCGAAGUUCCGAGUUACAGAAUGAGCAAUGCUGAUUUUGAGGAUGUGAUUGAAUGUGUAGAAGAAAAGUGCGAAGAAGAAGGGGCGAGUAUCGUGGAACGUAACUGCUGCGUGUGCAUGGUGAGGCAUAGAGGUGCGGCUUUUAUACCCUGUGGGCACACGUUCUGCAGGUUGUGCUCCAGGGAGGUUUGGGUCAACAGAGGGAACUGCCCUCUCUGCAAUAAUUUCAUCUUGGAAAUUCUUGAUAUUUUCUGAUCAUCAUUAUAGUUCUCAUUUUUAUUUUUAUUUUUUCAGUUUGCUUUUAUUUCUGUUCUAAAUUUUUAGAAAAGAUAAAUGGGUUAUUUUUUUUUUAUUCCCUCCUCUUUUAUGAUGUGUGAUUAAGAGUGUGGAUGAUCUUACUUGUACAUAUGAUCUUUUCAUGAAUCGGAGCUGAAAUCUUUCUGAA